CAAGCUUUUGCGGCAGCCGUAAUCGCUGAAGGUCGUCCGACACCCUCGGCGCAAUCUCACACCCCAGCAGAGACGCCACGCCCAUCCUCAUCUUCCUCAUCAUCUGACGAGCUUAAAGCUCAAGCAGCGGCAGAGAAGAAGGCUAAAGCUGCAGCAGAUAAGAGGGCGGCAGCAGAGCGUAGAGCUGCUGCUGCUGCUGAGAAGCUCGCGGCAGAGAGGGCGGCUCUCUUGGCCGCUGAGCAGGAGAUGCAAGAGGAAGAGGAGGAGGUCGACGACGAAAACGAGGAUGAUGCGGACCAGAAGCUGUACUGCAUUUGCAGGACAUUACGAGGAACGGCUCAUGAUUGCCUGCGACCUCUGCGACGAAUGGUACCACGCAGCGUGCGUUCCGUCGAUGGACGACGAGCUGGCAGCCCUUGUUGACGUCUUCGUCUGCCCUCGAUGCGAACCUCACACGACGGAGUGCACAACGAUGAAGCCUCCUUGCCUACGACAAGGGUGCAAAAUGGCUGCUCGACCUCCUCUUUCCCGCUACUGCUCGGAUCGAUGCGGCAUCCUCGUCGCUGCGGCACGCAUCGCCAAGACCAAGUACGCCAAGAGCUCAAGCGGGGGACCGAAGAGGCUGCUUACGAAGCAAGUACAGGCGGCUUCCAGAAAGGAAGGCAUGGUCGUAUGGGGAGAAGCGGACGCAGAGGGGCUGCAACAAUGGUUCGCGAGUUUGAGCGUGCGCGGCGCAGAUCACGGCCAAGAGGAGGUCGAGGACGAGGACGAGUCCAAGCCCAUCCAUCCGACCUCUGAGCCACUCUCAGUCGGUUCGAGCAGGGAAGAGGAACGCCUCGUCGACCUACGCCACCACCUGUCCAAGCUCACUGCCCAACGGCAAGAAGUCUCCACAACUCUCGACCUGGCAGAGAGCCGCGUCAAGCUCCUCCAGCUUGUCGACGAUCGUCUUGGUGUGCUCCCGCCCGUUAUGGUGGAAGAAACGGCAAGCUCGUCCUCAUCAAAGAAGAGCAAAUCCAAAGGAGGUAGCAAAAAGGAUGAUGCUGGUGCCGGACUCAAAACGCAACCCCGCUGUGGGUACGACGAGCGCCUCGCGUGGGAUGAUGAGCGCUUCAGCGCUUGGAUGGCCAGCAGGGAGGGCAGAGAGAUGCUUGCAGGCAGCAAAAAGCUCGAUGGUCACUUGGUCGAUGCAGACGGGCAAGCCGUCGUCCUUGAAGACGGAGGUGGGGCAGAUAUUUCGUCGGCGUCGGCGACGGUGGCAAAGGUGUGCGGUACGGCAAAGCGCAGAUGCAAGAGACACGCCGACUGGAAUGCGGUCAAGACGGACGAUUUUGAGGUCGAGAAGGACAGUCAGGUGAGGAAUACGAUGGACGGCGACAGUGACGGCAGUGCUCGAAGCGCCGGAAUCGUUGACCGAGCAAUCCUCCCCACGCUUUCCUACCACAGACUUCGAAGCUGUCCACGCUCUCAGAGGAGAUUUCUCGUACGAACGCACAGCUUCUUGACCUCGAAGGCGUCCUCAAAGCAAAGCGACCGGUUGAUGAGACGAGGACCUCUGGCAGCAUAGUCGACGGGCAGGGCGGGGACCUGCCGGUAAGAUGAAUGGAGCGCAAAGCACGUUGGCUCGGUCUCCUCUUGUUCUGGCUUUUGUGUAAUACCACCUUAUUGACAGCAACCCGCGCCAAUGGCGAUUGCGCGCGAGACAUCAUUUUGUCCUCAGCAAAGCCAGAGCGCACACGCUCUUCUCGCCUCACGACCAAGCAGAGGGUGGAGAAAUAGCAAGCGCGAUUGGAU